AGAGAUUGCUACUCAACACCUACACUGCUAGCAGUCUGCUUCUCCUCGCUUUUCUCUCCCUCUUUCUUCCACUCACGAUGAACCCCUUCGCAUCGAGGCCAGAGGAAAUUCCCGACACCGACCAAUAUGUGGAUGUCCCUUUUUACGGCCGGUAUUUCCCCACACCGGAUGAUUUCCGUAUCGAUACUCAAUACGUGAACUCACAAUCCGCACGCUCCUUGCAGUAUUGGGCAUCGGUGCUUGGCCUCUGCGACCAAUCCGUACGAAUCUAUCCGGCUGAUGAGGGUGGCCGCGACGUGUUUGCGCUUGGCAGCAUCAUUAUCAAGUCGAGCCAUCUACACGAAGGAGUUGAUGGUCGGCAUACUGAGAUCGACUACUCGUACGCCGAUGCCAACGAGAUCCAGGCCAUUGCCCUCGCCAGAAGCGUCCUUAGAGAUAUGAACGUCAGAGUGCCACAGAUAUAUUUUGCCGGGAAGAUCAAUGGCCGUCAGGUGUUGGUCCAGGAGCGAAUACCUGGCGUUGGGCUGAAUGUUGCACGUCGGUACCUAUCACAAGACCAGAGGAACAACUUCAAGCAACAGACGCGAGAGUUGAUUCGGCGGCUGCACACUAUCAAGCCCACCGAUGAACACCCUGCCCGGUGCCACGUCGUCCAGGAUCCCGAUAUAAUCAGCAACGGUCGCAUCGGUCAGCUGGAAGCAGACAUACUCUUUUCCGAUACCAACAUUGACACGGACAUGAGCUUCAUGCACAAUGACCUGAACGAGUCUAACAUCAUUGUUGACAAUGAUAUGAUCGUGGGGCUUGUUGACUGGGAGAUGGCUGGUUUCUUCGGCUGGAAAACGGCCGGCGAGGUUCACCGUAGAAUCAGAACGCCUCAGCGAGAGCAUUUUGCUGCUGCCAACUUGAGCGAGGAAAAGCUUCAGGACAUUAUGUGGUGGGCCGAUAUUUAUGACCUGCCCGAGCCUCAUGAGGACAAGCCGACACAUUGAACUAUCGUGCUCCCAGGUAUUAGCAAAAGACACAGGUCAGUGCGUACUACUUUGGGUGACCUAAUGGAGUAGGACACAGGGAACAACAGACAAAUUUAAACAUGAGGGCCCCCUUCCACCUUCAGGAACAUUCGGCUCUGGAAAGCGUCGUUUUCACCGCAAGGAAUUCGAUGUCGUCAGAGUCGGGCAGCUCAUAGCCACGCAAUCCUUAACUAUUGGAGACAAUAUAUCCUGUCUAUGCCCCUUGUUCAAAGCAGCUAUGCCCACUGGUGAGGCCAGAAGAUGGCGCAAUAUGUUCCUAUUUGAGCCUUCUAUAUUAUUCAUGGUGUACAGAUGGUUAGCGGUAUUAGAGGAGUCUACUGGUUGCAUUCCGUUGCGGACGCAGUUCGGUCUUGUCGUGUGUCGACAUUACUUCCGUCGCCGUCGAACUUGGGAAGCAAACUGUUGACCACUUCAACCAUAACCCCGAGGGAUAUAGAAAGGGUCAGGACCUGCCCAAAAGUCCAUUCCUUCGCCUCUCCCAAGAGAUGAUUGCGUUCGAAAAUCUGCUUCAGCGUAACAAACAUGUACACUUUGGUGCCCGUCUGGAUGAACAGCUGUACCACCUGUCCUGAGCCGAGGUCCCGCUUGUAUUUUGGGACAGAGACAUUUUGUGUCUUUGAUCCAGCCCACGACGUUCAAUACCUCGGUUUAUGGGUUCACUCGCCUGUUCCACUUCAUGCCAGCCUCAUGCCUCCUCCUACGC